AGAAACAUCACAGCCAAUGCGCCGAAAACGUGCCUACACUGAUUAGCGCUUUCCAUGGUCUUCAGGGUUACUCAUGCCAAGUAGAACAAUGGUCGAGGGUUAGACAAACGUACUUCACCAGUGAUCAGGCAGUAGUUAGAGGCCCUCCACUCGUGACGCAACAAUACACGGGGUAUAAGUUCAGACAGACAGACGUAGAGAACGAGCACCAAGGGUUGUCUAUAACAACUGGAGAGCAGCACUCUGAUUUACUGGUUUGCCAUCAUUCAGCAACUCCUGGUCGAACAAGUGCAGACCCAGUAAAAAUAAUCGGCGGUCUCAAAUGUUGA